UUUAUAAUUAUCAUCGCAUAACCCACACGGUCCGUCGAACGAACGGACGGACGGAACCGGCACGGGAACGGGCCAGCCGCCGCCGCCGCCGGACGGAACCGAAGAGAGUGCUGAGUGCAGGUUGGAAGUCGGGAGAGAACCGAACAAACCGAAGAGCAGACAAAUAGCAACAAAAACAAGCAACACCGUGGACGGCACGGAACCAACACAGUGACGUGCGGGUGGAGCGCGAAGCGUGAGGAAACAAAGACCGUUCACGCACACACAGCCGCUCGCUUGAACCGGUUUCGCGAGAGACCGAGAGAGAGAGUUUCUGAGCCGACUCCGGACCGGACUCCGGAGCGGUGGAGCUUCGUGCGGCCGAACGCCGUUCGCUCGCUGUCAGUCGUCCAGGAGUAGUCGAGCGGUUCGCACGCAGUGUUCGCGCCGUUCGUCCAUUCGGUCGCCCUUGGAAUUAAAGAUUGAGAAAAGUCUUUUUUUUUAAAUUUUUUGUACUGUGUUCGUGUGGCUAUAGCCAACGCCGCCAGUAGGCGGAGUGUAGUAGAAGGCAAAGAAAUACAAAAGUGCUUUUGUGUGAACGUGUUUGCGUCCGUUUGUUCGCUGUGUGUGGAGCAGUGUGGAGUCGCGAAGAAGAAGUGAAAAGUUACUGAAAAAUUUCUGUUCGUGCUUGUGAAAUAUCAGCUAGCUACUUAGCCAGUGCGGUUCCGAACCGUUACAGUUAAGGCCUAUUCGGGGGGAGUUGGAGGAUUUUCCAAAUCACGUUUUACUUCCCGUAGUUGCAUUCUUCCCCGAUCGGGUAUGCAAAUGGUGCGUUCUAUCGUAUAAUCGUUGGUGAACAUUGUAAUUAAUUGACCGCUGGGGGAUUUGAGUUACAGUGAAAAAAAAACCCAUGCGGAGUGAAGCAUCGAUAGUUUUUUAAGCGUUAUCUACGUGGGCACUGGUUGAUUACGAAAUCAGUAAUUGGAGCUCUAGAGUUGCGGAACUCAUCGCAAACUGCACGAACUCGCGGACGUACCGUGAUCUGGUCGCUGUUGUACGAACCCUGGGGGUCGAUUUUUUCCAUACCAAUCGUCAAGUGUGUCGCUGUUUGGAGAGGAAACAAAGGAAAGUUGCCUCCGAAGGAAUAGAAAACGGAACAAGCGAGUCAGCUCUGGUGGCCAAGAAGUGAGAAAAAAAAAGUUCCACGCGUACAUGCGAACCAGUGGUGUACUGUGAACGAUAAGUGGCAAGUGUUUCUGUGGCUUUGUACGUGCCAGUGGUGUGCGCAGUGUUUGCGUGGUGGCGUUGGUGUUGGUGCAACUGGCGGAAAACCAAGAGCUCACCUGAAGCGCAACGCAGCGAUUGGUUGCGAAGAAAGAUUCAGAUUCAGCUAGCAUUGUUUUCCGAUGCUUCGAGCUCGUGAAGAGUGCGCCGAGUUUCUGUAAGAAAAGAUGGGAGAAACGGGAAAAUAAGAUGAAUUAUUGUGCAAUUACGACCGGAUGGCUAUAAAUCUCGACUGAAAUGAGAACCACGUAAUCGGCCUGGUCCGGAACCUAAGAGAACACGCCGUCUGCAAGUUUAGUGAAUUUCCAAGCGGUGCUGCCUUGAGGAGUCUCGAGCUGGUUCGCGAAGCGAAGAAACCAGCCAGUGUGAUAUAGUUGGAAGUGCAUAACGGCAGUGCAGGCAAGUGUAUGUUGUGACGAUCGAAGAGGAAAAUCAAAAUGUCUUAUCGCUAUUGGAUUAUUGCUAACAGCGAAAGAGCAGCAAUGGUAGCGGUAGCACUAGUACUACGCCCCGUGCAAUAUGGAUUAAGUAGGUGCUAUUUUUAGUCAGUUGUCGCCGUCGCCGUCGCCGCGUCGCUGUGAGCGUGUGACCUCAUUCUCGGUCGGCUUUCGACCGUACACUGCAACUUUUGGAUUACCAGCACGGGGGUCGUCCCCCUCGUUCGCCUUUUUUUUUGUUUUCGAUAGAGCAGCUCCGCCGCCGCCGCCGCUCUGCCGUAAUUGCGCUGUUGUUGAAGUGAAUUAAUUCGCAACUGUACACAACAAUCACAGUAAACUUUGCCGGUGGUCCCGCCGCCGCUGCCGCGGAAUGUUCGUCGGAGAUUCGAUCGAAGAGAUAACGAAAGAUAUUCGAUAAAAUACCACCAAACAUCGUUGAACGAUGGAAGCAUAGUACGCAAUAGAAUCAAUAGCCAACACUUUCAUCGGCAGAAGUCAUCGAACUGUUAGCAAGAAUCUACAAAUGAAAGAUGCAAUCAACACAGCACGUAGCUUCACCACAAGAUCCGUCGCAGUACGCGACCGAUCCGCUAGCCAUUGACCAGCCACCUGCUCAACCGGAACCGUCCUCCAACGAAACAGCGGAUCCCUCGACGACGACGAACGUCGUCGAAAAGAGCGACAUCGGACGACAAAGCCAGUCGCCGCAACCGGCCCCUUCGACGGGCGAUUCGUUGCAAUCACCGCCGGCUCAGCAGCACCGAAACAAUGAUCCGAUGUCGGAAGCGUCGUCCGCUCCGACGGACGCUGACAGUGCCGUCGAGCAAAGUGUGCCGAUCCAGGUCACUCCGGCAGAGCCGCAGAAUGCAGAUCCUGGUAGCGCUGACAACCGCCAGGAUGUGCCAGCUCCGCUGGCUGAUACCUCAACGAUUGCUCAACCGAUCGGUGGUGAAACGGAAGCCACGGUGAAUGGAGCUAAUAGUGUGACGUCAAACAGUGACGUACCCGGAUGUAGUAACAAUAGUACUAGUACUAGUGGUAAUUGUCAGAGUGUUAGAAACAGUGUUAGUGUGAACAAUGGUAGUAACAACAGCAGCAACAACAACAGUAGUAGCGUUAGCUUCGUCAGCAGCUGUAGUGGCAGUGGUAGUGUGGGCGUGAAAAGCGUCGUCACUGGUGAUAAUAGAAUAAAAAUCAAUGGAAUCAGUGAUCUUAGUAUACUCGAUGUUACCGAAGGUAACGACGACGAGAUUGAAGUGAAAGUCGAAGGUGGCAGCCUUAUGCACAAGGUGAUAAAGUUCUCCCUGCUGAACGGGAUGCAGGACAGUACCAAGCGGUUGGAGAACAGUAGAUUGAUUAUGAGCGGUGUCAGCAGCACCAACGGGGAGGCAACACUGGCGACUACGUCGUCCCUCAGUAGAGCCACCCUCGGAGGGGGUCCUCUGAGGCAGGACGAGAAAUCGAAGGAGGACGGUUUCAAGGGUGGUACGACGUUGGAUAGUAAAAGUACUCCACCGGCGUGUUCCAGUGCCCGACCUGAAUCCGUAGAACCAAGUUCAUCGUUCAGCAACAGCAGCAGUAACAGUAGUGAUAGCAGUAAUGUGGUGAAGAGUAGUGAAAGCGCCGAAGUGAAACCAAAUCGGACAGAAGAAUCAUUCGCUCGGUUGCGACACUCCACGGAGAGUAAGGUUAGUGGCAGUGGUAGUGAGUCGGUGCACGAAGAAAGUGCGAGUGAUACGUACAGUCGAAGUGCUUCGUUAGAUUUUCGGGAGUGGCCUAAACCGGGGAUGAGCUCAUCCCCAACGGGGCCGCCGCUGGCGGCUUCUUCGAGCACAACUUCCGUGGCAGCUGGCGCUGCUGCCUCACUGGAUUUAUCGAAUACAACGAAGGAGACUGAUCAGCAACCGACAAGUGCAGCUAGCAGCAGCCCACCAGUAAAGCGUUCGAAGACAAUGUAUUAUGCUGAGCUGCCGGAUUUUAGCAAGCCGAUUUUCACGGCACCCAGCUUGUCCACGACGACCCCAACGUCGACGACAAGCUCAAACCGGGGUAGAAGCUUACCUUCUACCAAAAGCCUUAGUCAGUUACAGAUGAAAACGCCGGAUUUUAGUCGCAUCCUACCAGCUUCAAGUGUUCCGCAGUCCAGCUCCAGUAUUCCUGCACCUGGCCCAGGCCCGGCGGCUACUACCUCACGUUCCCACGAGCUGCAGAUUGCUAAUCCAGAUUUCUCGAAAAGUUUUAGUGCUAAGGCGGCUCCGCCGCCGCCUCCACCGUCAUCUUCACGAAUGGCUGAUGAGCGAGCGGCCUACAUGAACCAGGCCUCAUUUGCAGAGAUUAGUAAGCAACGUAACUACAUCAGCGAUUUGCAGCUUAAGAAUCCUCCUCGGCAGGAACUGCCGAGUGUGGUAAAAGGCCCUUCCUCUCAAGUGUCCGGUCCUAGUUUGACGAAUUACCGCAUUGAGAAACCUCCAACGUCAAGGCCUAAUCCUCCGAAUCUGUACAGACCGGAGGCUUCCAUGCAGAUGCAGCUGGAAGAACCGAAAGCUCACGUCAUACACAAAACACCUUCGGCUGGUCUUCCCGAUCCAAGCAAGCCGUGGAAUCCAGCCUAUCCACAGCCAAGCGACAAAGAUCGAUAUACUCAUCAGUACUCAACCGCUGGUCCUCAUAAGGGACCUCCACCGUUAACUAGUGAACCUCCGGUUCACGCGUACCCCGGUUAUCCACCUUAUCCACCGGCGGCGACAAGCAAAAGCAAGGAGGUCAUGCAACCUUCACACGCUUCGCAUCCCGGGGGUAUCAUUGUUAAUCACGUCAAAACGUACUAUCCCGAACCGCAGCAGCAGGCCCUGCCCAAAUCAAAGGAGCCUGACUUUCGCCUCGAACACAAAGAAAAACAACUCCGUCAGGAAGGAACCAUCAUAACGCUGAAACCCAAUGAAAGCCGAGUUCACGCCAAUCCUUCCCAAUCACCGAACUCGCAUUAUCAUCCCCAACAACAGUACCAUCCCCAUCAUGCUCCGCGACCUCGUUCACCGUCCGCCGAGCAGCGAGAAGCUCAAAUGAUGGCAUCCUCGAAAGAGAUUCUCUACCGGGACUUCAAACUCAAGCAAUCCUACGAAAUGCCUCCCCAGGCGAGCUCUGCUCGAGUUCCCUCCGGAAGCAGACCACCAGCAGAGCCCGUCCCUCGCGAUCGAUCACCUUACGAUCCGUACUACCGUGGCCACCAUUCGGCGGCCACUCCUCCAUCCAACAAGUACUAUCAACCGCCACCACCGGAGCACCACAAACAGCAAGCGAUCAGCCCUGCUUCGUCAGCGGCCUCUUCGCCAACGCCAAUGCACCCCAACCAGAAUCGAAGUCCGAUUCCGAUUCCGGCUCCGAAAUCGAAUGCCCCGAGCGGAAUGCAUCCCCCGUCCGGUUGGCCCAGUCAAAGCCGAAUUAUUCCUAGCCCACACGGUGGCAGUGCCACCUCGUCCCCCUCGUCGGCAUCGGCCACCUCCGUUAGUCCGAACCAUUUUAUGCACCAAAAAAACUCCCCAAGCCCCGGAGGAAGCGCGUACGGACUUCAGCCCGGGCCAAGCACGCACAGCUAUAAAUCGCCCAGUCCGUCGUCUUCCUCACCGGCGCCGUACCCCGGCCCACCGGGACCACCGGGGAAUUCCGUGACGAAGUACACCCAGUAUUAUCCGGGGGGUAGUGGCGAACGCAUGGUUAGUAUUGAAAUCGAUAAGGAUUGCUAUAAGCCUGGGUACAAAAGUUUGGACUAUAAUAUGGAGCAGAAAUUUGCCGAAGUUCGGCAGGCCCAUCAGAUGAAGGAGAAGCAAACGUCCUCCGUUAAACCCGGGGGUCAUCCCUACCCUGGAAGCAGUGGAGAUUAUGUGCGGCAUCCGCCGCACAAACCUCAAGACCAGCACUAUGACGAAUACGGUCGAUCAAGGGCGGUGUCCACAUCGGCCGUUCAUACGCAGCCCAGCGCUCCAACGGUGGCCUCACGAUACUCUCACAGCCAGGAGAAUCUCAACUACUACAACCAAUACGCGCAGUAUCCAGCGCGAAUCAAUCCCGAGGGAGAAAUGCGAAAGUCGGAAGCUCAGUUUUACAAACACGCCGGCCGUGAUCCGUCACCUGCUCAACGUUACCCACCCAGCGAACCCUCGUAUCAUCCUUCAUCCAAACAACACCCGGGUUAUCCGCCGCAGGCGGUUCAACCGAGCUCUUCGAAGGCUUCCCACUACCCGGGAUAUCCUCCUGGGAGCGGCAACGAUUCCCAAUACGGUCCUCCACCCGGUAAAAGUUCCUACCCAAGUUCCCCGUACGAGCGGUCUUCCGAGAAGCAGCAACCAUCUGUGAUAAGUAAUGCCUACAGCCAGGAACGCAGCACCGGAUCCCGUGCGGCGGCCUACGCCGAGCAGAGACCUCAUCCAGCGACGCAUCCGGAGCACUACCCGUCCGGGCAGCACUAUCCUGCGGCACCUCAAAUGAAGGCAACCUCCUCGCAGCCUUAUCCUCAACAGUACAAUCCGACUCACGGCGCAGUUCCGGCGAUGAGCAAGGACCCCGCGUGGCAACACUACCAACAACAAUCCCAGCAGGUCGUUCCACCGGCGCAAGCAGGUCCCUCUGGCGGCGGUUACCCGCCCGCCGAACGAGCUACGGUGAUGCGAGACGAACGGCAGAAUCCCGUCAUUCAACCGCCCAUCAGUAAGAACAUACCGGUGAAGGUGAUUGCUACGGCGAAUACAGCGCCUGCGGCGCCUUCCUCAACGACCGUGGCUCCUGCAACAAGUACAACCAAACGCGAGUCCCCGCUGGAUUUGUCCGUCAAAACCGUCAAGACCAAGGCCGAUUCAACGGCCAGUGACGACCAGUACGGGCACAACAGUCGCAAUCGGGACGUCGUCCCGAAGGUUAACUUCAAUCCGAACUUCAAGAUCCACAUCCCCAGGCAUCCGGAGCGACCAGCACCGGCCCCGACACAACCAUAUCAUCCACUAAUGUCCCGUGAAGUACCACCGAUGCCUCCGAAUCAGCAAACCCUUCAACAACCAGCUUCAUCGUCGAAGUCUUCCCCAGCGCCUAGUCCGGCACAGCCGGAACACCAUCAACCACAAAUGGCCGGAAUUAGUCCGGCAAUCCCUCCCGGGUAUGACAAACGAACCGACGCCUACAUGUCGGCAAACUACCGAGCCGUCGGUGGCAGUUCAGAUCGAUAUCCACAGGACAGUCGCUAUCCAUCGCCUUCGGCGAGACCUCCAGCUCCGCUGGAUCAUCGCGAACAACACGUUCCCUACGGAAUUCCACCGGGUCAAUACCCUCAGCGAAUGCCUCCCGGCGGGAUGCCCCCCUACCAACAACCGGGACCUUCGUCGAAGCCCGAUCCGUACUAUGCAAACAAUGCCAAGCCGGCAACUUCUUCGGUCAGCAGUAGAAGCGUCUACUACCCACCGCACGAUAUCGGACGUCCAGGCGGUGGCGGCAAACAAGCGGGACUUCCGCCAAAACCCCCGACAGCAAGCGAUCCUCGCAUCGAAGAUCGUAAAUUUGUCGAGAGCAUGCUCAAAAAGCAAACGUCCCCCUCAGCCGAAGUGAUAGCGGACCUCCAGGCGGGAAAAUUUUCCACUCGAAUCCCAUCUGUCCUGGCUCCGGCGAAGAAGCGUCCGGCCGAAACGAUACCGAAGACUUCCCCCACCAAAAUGGCACGAGUCGAGGAGUCCGCCAUUCAUCGUCCGUAUGACAACAGUUAUCCUGGUCCUGGUCCCUAUCCGUACCCGGGUCCAGCGGCUCCUCGAGACUACUAUCCGGUACCGAUCAAACAGGAACCGGCAAGUCCCCAACCGGCCGGCAUUUACUACGCCGAUCAGAAGCGUUCGGAAGCUCCCUCGAUAACCCGUGGCGUUCUGACAACUGCGGCACAAACUCACGCUUCGCCGACGGUUUCGCAGCACUCCAGCGUAGUCCAGCAGAACGUUCGACCGGUCGAUCCGCACCCGUCUGUCAUCCAGACCAGUUACCAGUCGUCCAGUAGACCGGAACCCGUACGGAUGCAGGAAGAAGCUCCCCAUCCGCCGCACCGGACGGACUACCAUCCGCCGUACGGCGGACACGCGGAUGAGCGGCAGUUCUACCCCAAACCGGAGCCCUUUCGUGACGGCCACGGUGAUUCGAAGUACUACGGAUCAUCGGUAGAGCAAUCAACUUGUACACCCGACAGCCAGAAAAGCCAACAACUGCCUCCCUCGACGACGUCGACGGUACUGAUGCAUUCGCACAUUCAGUACGGUGGCCAGCCGCAACCGGUUCCCUACAAACAACAUCCGGAAAGCUUGCUGCAAAACUACCCGAUACGUUCUCCAAAUAUAGUGGAAAACCAUCACAGUCGGUCCUAUGAGAACAUCCCCCACUUGAUAAGCGACGCCCCAAAACAAUACCCCAGCCAUCCGGAGUCGUCCGGAGCCGGACACCCAUCAACUCUAACUUCCCCUCAACACCGAGGGGCCGACCAAUCGGUAAUUUCCAAACUACGAACCAGCUUGGAGCAAAAGGAACGCAUCAAUCAACUCCGCAAGCAACCCAGCUCGGAGAUGUCCGAAGAGGACGGCACCAGCAAACCAGCGGACACGAACACAAACUCCCUGCCUCCAUCGCAUUUUCGUUCGAAAGGGGCCAUGAAAGCGUACACACCGAUUCCAGCUUUUGACACCCCGAGCACAACGUCCGAAGCGCCACAGGCGCCCCCUGCUGAGUCCCCUCGCCAACAAUCGACCAGUCCGGUGAAACCGGAACCGGACGAAAUCCCUAAGGAACCAAUCGAGCCCCCACCGGACAUUGAAGGCGCCUCCGCGCUGGACAUGCUCGAUUGGGGCAGCGCCUGUAACGAGUUCGUAGAACAGCUGCAAACCGGCAAAAAGCGAGGUCGUCGAAAACGUGGCAUCGCCGGAGGCGCACGAGACCAGGAUACAGCAACCGCAAACUCACAACCGGACUCCUUUCGCACCGAUAAUCUACCGGGAAUAGCUAGCAGUACGCUCGCGGACAUCCCCCAGGAGGUCCUCAAGUCGGCAGCCCAAGAAAUGCCGGGGGAAUUUUCCAGCUCCAGCGACGAGGAUAAACCGCUUCAUCUGCUGAAACUGACGCAGCACACCAAUUCGACGGGUGAAACGACGGUGAAGGAUGAUCCCGGGUCGGGACUGCAAGCGACGACGGUUCGAAAUUCUACCAUGGAAAAGCUGACGGAGAAGUUGGCUCGAAACAUUCGCGAGAAGCAACGCUUGGAGCUGGAGCAAAAGCACGAAGCCAAACUGGGCCGUUCGAGCAGUUCGGAGAGUGAGACCGAUACGAGGAGGGUGGUGCAACGCUCGAAGAUGAGAGCUCGGAAGUUGCGGCAUCGGUCGAGCGUUCCGCUCAAGUUGUCCGAUGUUAAUACUGAUGGGGAAGAUGAGGAAGAGGAGGAAGAAGGUGCGAAAGAUUUGCGGAAGCGUAAGAAGAUGAAUCAGACUUCGUCUGAUUCGGAUGGGAGUAAUUCCAAACGGGUCAGUCGGUGUCAGUCUCAGAUUAAGCAGGAGAAUGAGACGGAUAUGAGCUCGGAUGAGGAAGAUCCGAAAACGCAAAGGUCUCCCUGUGGUAAGGAGCGGGGGUCGUCGGAUGGGAAAAGUGAGACGAUAAAGCAGGAGACACGCUCCGAUAGCGACGGCGGGGGUGGUGUGAGACCUAAAGAGAGUGCUAAUGAGAAGAAAAACCGCGAAGCAGAGGCGCAGUUUAACGAAGGAGAAUCCGAUCGGAGUGAGAAGGAUGCCAAAAAAGGUUCGAAGAAGCAGGGGAAAACUAGAACGACGUCCAGAUCGAAGGUUGUGGAAGAAACUUCAAGCAGUUCGGAAUCCUCGGAGGAAGAGCUGGAAACAAUGACCCGAUCGAAAAGUAAGCUGGAACUGGAGAAGCGUAAGUCCAACAGUAAGGUGCUGAGAAACGAUAAGAUCGUUGGCAACUUUGUUAAUCAACGAAAAAAGUCGGAAAGCACAACCCCUCAGAAGGGGAAAAAGAACGCCGUUAAUGUCAAACUGGAAAAUACGAAGAAACGAAUUCUGGACAGUGAUUCGGACACCAAAUCAGUAGGCACAAAAAAGCGAAUCGCCAAAACGUCCAAACUGCAAACGACUUCCGCCUCGGAUAGUUCGGAGGAAAGUGACGCCGAAACCGUCUCGGAGCGUUUGCGAUCGCGCCGACAAAAGUGUUCGGAAACGUCGGCUCCGUCGUCCGCAUCCAAGCGGGGCAACAGUCAGGAGUAUAAAACCCCAGCUAAACAAUCGUCAACCGUAACCGGAGGCGGUGCCUCCUCCGAAAAGAAGAACAACGUCAAAUCGGAAGCACCACCGAAGAAGCGCGGCCGUCAUCCGAAGAAAACCUCCAAGGACUGUGCGACGGAAAAUACGAGCGAAAAUUUUUACCCAGGCUGGGAGAAGGAGUUUUACGAGUUCAAGCGAUCCCUGAAGGUGCCUCCGCAGUUGAUCAUGAUCGGAGGUAAACAGUACGUUCACCGGAUAUCCGCUUCUCUCCCAGAUCUGGACUCGCACCACAGUGAUGAAUCGGAAACCUUCUCGGAGAUCGUCCGGAAGAUCAACCAAAAGGAUCAGAGUCCGGCGGCGAAGAGGAUUAAAACCAAGGCCGCUGCCAAGCAGGGCGGAAAGGUGAACAGUCUCAACAAAGAACAGCAGGAGGAGAAGCGAAAGCUCGAGGGAAACGAUAAGUUUACGUCGAUCAUAGAGAUGCUGCACGAGCGGAUGCUGCGCCAUGUUAAGCAAGCGAAGGCAAAAAAGUCCAAAUCUAACAGCAACGAUAAGGAAGCGGCAAAGCCUAAACCGGAAUUCGAACUGCUUCCGACGCCCGGUGCGGAGAGCGAAGCUCUCUUCAAUCGGAAGAAAAAAUCGCUUUUUGAUACAGCCAUUUUGAAAUCCCGAACGCGCACCGAACAGAAGGUGAUGCAAAGCAAGGAGAUCAUUCGGGAGGUUUUCGGUGGAGACGAUCAGAGACCACAGAGCGCACCCCCACUAGGGUGCGCUCAGGAACUCCGCAACCUAACCUACGAUGAGAUGUACAACGAAAUGCUCACCAAAAGUAACAAUGUGGCGACCUUUCUAGCGCAGAAAAAAGCUGAAGAAGAGAGGUUAAGAGCAGCUGCGGCUGCUGCGCAGCCAACAUCCAGUUCAAAAAUUAAGCUGGAAGAGUUGGACGACGAAACGCAGGAUAGUGUUCUGAAGGAGUUGGAGAAAGCAACCGAGGACGGCGAUACACCGUCCAUUGUUUCCGAGCGGGACCUAGCGACGCCGGUUUCGUUCAAGGGAGUCGGCAAAAAGAAGGCACACAAAAGCCGCCGAAAGGGGAGUUCUGGUUUCGACUAUAUUCGGAAGAAGAAAAAGCCCGUUCCGGCCAGUGUCGGCGGUGAAAGCAGUACACCGCUGGUGCCGAAAAAGAAGAUGAUUUCGGCGUACGAGAAUCUGGAGUCGAAGGAUGAGUCGCACAUCAAUAAGGAGAUUCGUAGUUGGGUGCUGAAUAAGGGAGUUGGCGAGAGUGUCAUGCACAAGGCAGCUCGACUGGGUUAUUCGGACGUCAUCGUGUACUGUCUGGAGCGGUUGGAAAUGGACCCGGAUUUGAAGGACAACGCAGGUUAUACCCCACUGCAUGAGGCUUGUGCCAAGGGUCAUCUGGAUAUUUGCAACUAUUUGCUGCAGUACGGAGCUAGUCACUCGGAAGCGGCACCCUCUGGGGUGCGGCCACUGCACGAAGCCGUGGAAAAUUCCUUCAUCGAAGUUGUCCGGCUGCUGUUGGCGUUCGGAGCAGAUCCGCUGCUGGCAACGUACGCCGGCCAAACGCCGAUUCAGCUGGCGGAGAACAACGAAAUGGCACUGUUUUUGGAGAAUCACUUGUACGACAUUCAGAGUAUGAGUUCUACGAAAACCGGCUGGAAGAUGGAUGGACCAUGGAAGAUUCACGACCCCGAGGAAAGCGGUUGCGACAUAUUUGCGGACAUUCCCGGAUUCGAGGAGGACGACGUUGUGCACAACAGUUCGACCACAACGGAACGCUCUUCGGCGAGUAAUUUCACAGCAUCGUCGGAGACGAUGGAAAAUAGGGCGACAAAGCUUCCACCUCCUCCGCCACCACUCCCACCUCCGGAGCUGCCAGUUCCGCUGACGACGACGACGACGACACCGACCACGCCGAAGAAGUGCGACUCCAACUCAAACAUUAUGAAUUUCGACGUUAAACUAGAACCCGACGCAAUCUGCGAGCGCAAAUACAAGGACUGUGCCGUCGUGCUGAACGACAUUCAGGAGCUCACCGGCGGAGGUGGCCAGCCGGCCACGGCUGGUCCUACGUCCUACGUGAAUGGCCAGCUGCAACGGAAGGAUGUAGAAAACCACAAUGGGAUAGGUAAAUUUGACGGUAGUGACGAUGAUGACGACGAUGCGGGGGAAUUUCUGUUCGAAUACGAGGAAGCCGAUCGGCCGCUGCCUCCGCUGUAUCUCCUGAAAGACGAGUCCGGCGCGGACAAGUGGAUGAUGAUGACGGAUUUGUGCAACUUUUUGAAGUUGAAAUCCAAGGAGGCGGUGAUAAGACAGAUCUGUUCGAGCAACACCCCGGCCACUACUAACAACUCAACGAAUGGCAGCAGCAACGGUCACAGCGGGAGCGGCUGUCGGGACAUUAUUCGGGAGUUGAAGAUCGAAGAUUUCCUCACGCGCGCCACCUGCCUGCAGCUGCUGUGCGCCGGCGAGAAGCUCAACAUCAACUCCAACAAGGUGGUACUGGUGAAGUACAACGAAAACGUACGUAAUCUACUGCAGGUGAAAACGCUGGUGACCAAGAUCUAGGGCUAGCGGGAGCGAAGAGAGAAGUGUAAGUGACUGACUGAUCGAAGCAAGGCCGCACUCUGGCUGGAGUAGUGCCACGGCCGCCAAAUUAGGCCGGAGUUAGGCUCAGGAUAAACCGGAUAAACGAACAAAAGAAUAUGCCUUAUUGUAGUUUGAGAUGAGAAAGCUAGAUGAAAUAAUUUAUUGUAAAACAAAAUGGGGAAAACUCGAAAAGACUUGACCAGUUGAAAAAAAAACACGUUAAUCACGGAACAAAUUUUGCUCAGGAUAUGGUUAGAAUGAAAUGGCUGGCUUCGUAGAUUGGUUUCUUAGCGGGCUGCACAUUUUUUUGUACUAGUAUUGUACCGAAUAGAGAAUUUGCAACAACAACAACAACAACAACAGCAAAGCACAGACUGAAUACAGUGGAACCAUCACUUACCGAAGCACGUUUGAAUGCCGUGCCUUUCCAAUAAAUCAGAUUACACACAAUCAGGACCAGAGGAACCGUCACUGUUUUUUUUGUUUUGUCACAAAACUAUAACACAAUAAUAGUUCAGACCGAACCACGUGCACCACGGUUAAGCAUCACAAACUUAUAAUCGAAGAAAAAGCACCGCGCACGCGGCUUACUUUGAUUGAAGAAAUUUUAACCGUUGACAGUUCGGCUGUCCGUCUGAAAGAAACGGAAAUAUUUCACGACACUCAAAAUUGAAUUCUUUCCACACUGGAAGAAUUCUCAAAAGGAAAUUUACCAAUUUAUUUACUGUGGUUUCCCGGGUGACCGCGCACGCGGUCACACGCGAACCUCACCAAACCACUAAAUCAUUCGUACGUACGUUAGUGCUCUCUGAGAGAAGAAUAGGUUGUUUUCAUUUUUACAGAUAUUGUUCUUUAUUAGCAAGUAUGUUUAUGAUACUAAUUAAGACGAAUGGACGGAAGUCCAAGCGAAUGAAUCACACAACCACAGCCACACAGUACUGACUGAACAAUCUCUUUCGCCUUGGCACUUGCAUCUGCAUGCUAGAAGCAGUGCAAGGGAGGCAAAGUCGAAAUAUGUAAAUCGGUUCAAAAAAAUUUUAGUUAAAGUUUCAAGUUCAUUUUUAAGUGUUGGCUGCUUCGCAGCUUGUAAGCGUUUUGUUAAGUGUACAUCGGUUUGCGAAACUAUUUAUUUUUAGUUCAAAUUUGCUUGUUUUAGUUAAUGCUUAUUGUGUAUAGUUAUAGUAUUAUCAUACCCAGCAUCUGUAUUUUUAUGUUAACACACGUAGGUAAUUAACUGGUUGUUAAUUCUGUUAGGAAUAAAUCGAUCGAAUCAGCUGCUGUUUGCCGCGCGCUGAGCUAAUAAGCGUGGCGCAAAGCUGAAAAACGAACGGAACGUAACUAUCAUUAUCAUUAACACUGAUAUGUGCACUAAGUGCAGCAAAACUAUGUGCAGAAACACAUUUAACAAAGUUAAUUAACAAAUGUAAACUCUAAUUGUUAUCAGUUUUAUAGUAUCGCGCGGCAUCUGUGUAGAAUACAAUUCUCUACCUUUUAGGUUGUCGGAAAAUCGUUCCACGAUCCCCCGAGAAUAGGCUUAGAUUGUAACAAAAAGAAAAAACUCACAUUCAACGAGACUUGUAAAAUCAAAAUGAACGAGCGAGCGACAGAGCGGUAACAGGUUGCGUAAAUAAAGAAGAUGGUUUCGCUUACGAUUAAUGAAGCAUAGUGAAAAAUAGCAGAAAAAAAUGGUGAUGGUGGAUUUAUAAAGCGAACCGAUAUAGAUAUACACUCGUGCAAUCGACUUAAACUCAUUUUUUUGCGUAUAAGCCUGAACAAAAAAUGAAUAAAAUACUGAUUUACUCGGUCUGUAGCUGUAGGAUAAUCUAAACAAAAUGAGAACGAAACAGUAGAGGAAGCUGUCGAUAACGAGAAAACCAACACAAUGGCUACACAUUGCUAGUACAUAUAUAUUAACAGUGAAGAUUAUAUGUGAAAGAAACAAAAAAAAACACAUUAUAGAAAACAAAGAAUUGUGAUUUUCGCAAAAUAUACAACCUAUUAUAUUAUUAUAAUUAAACGAGAGAAAACGAGCAAAAAAGAA